UCUAUUUCAGAGCGACACGCAAUGGAAGCCGCCUAUCACGAGCUGCGUUUGGCGGAGUUGCGUGACACAAAAUUAGAGCACCCUGAUCGUCAUGAGCAAUCUUCACCCAGCGUUCCAAUUGAGAUUGAUUUCAAAUACUCCAUAAACCACAAGGUUUUUGACGGCGAUCUAUCCGAAGACGGAACCAUAACCGGCCUAAUCCUUAUACACCAAUAUGAACCUCAAGUGACAGUAGCAAAAGCCACGAUAGAAGAUGUGUGCGGUUUAGAAACCCGAAACGACCUCAAGGGUUUUCUUUCAGAGAAUUUGUCCUUGCUUGGAGUCGACGAGGACCCGCAGGAUCAAUUGGUGGAAAUGAUUGUAGAAUUCGGUUGCAAAAUUCGCGACUUGGAUUCGAACAAGGGGGCUAAAGUACUGCGAUUCAGUGCUCAUAUAAAAAAAGAGCAUAACUGGAUUCGCUCCGAGAGGGUUCCGAAAGAAAGAGAACUUGAGAUGGAAGCGUUGAUCAAGAAAACCCUAAAGAGGGUAAGAGUGGUGGCUGCUGAUGAAGAUGAAGAUGAAGACGAGGAGGAGGAGGAGGAGGAGGAGGAGGGUGGGAAAAGAAAAAGAAGACGUGUAGUGCAAGAAAGUGAGGUUUGCCCUAUUUGUUUGGAAGAGUUUGUUGUGGGAUCAGAAGAUGUUGCUUCCAUGCCUUGCUCACAUGUGUUUCAUGGCAACUGCAUAGGACGAUGGCUGAAAGGGAGUCACCAUAGUUGCCCUAUUUGCCGUUUUAAGAUGCCUUGGAUCACAAGGCAAUAUUAGGGUCUUAAGCUACUCAAAUUAGUUGUUUUAAUUUGCUAUUUGUAAUGGUUAUGUUUCACAAGGCAACAUAUGUUUCAUAUCAAUUUUAUAAAAAAUAAAAUGAAAAUUGGAUCGAUUUUCAGUCCCUCAGACUCCCCUUCCUGGGAUAUCACAUGCGGUACCCCUGCCAAAUCCCACCUCCUCCCAUCCACAGGAUCAACUCCCCCGGCAAUUCCCCUGUAAUACUAAGUGAGGAGUAAAAACCACAACCGAUGUGUGCCGGUCAUUGGGAUCUAAGCUACCUAGCUGUUCUAAUUUUCUUUAGUUGUAUGUUGUACUUGUUGCUUUCUUCUAAAUUGAGAAUGGAACUUGCUGGGCA